GGAUGCGAUCCAGUCCUCCGCCGCUGAUGUCCGGAGAGCCGCCUGACGCCGGCAGCCCAAACGAGCGUCCCAGCCGCCCCUAACUCUGCCCCAAGCGAGCGCGGCGCGCGUGUCGCCUUUGCUUCGUCUUCCACUGCUUCGGUCCCGCGCCGCCGCCCGGAGCGCGCGGCCGCUGAAGUCAAGCGACGCGCCGAGGGAUCUGGAAACUUCAAGGAUGCUUUGCUGUGCUGGCGUCCCGCCGUCGCUCCUCCUCGUCGCUCUGCUCUCUGCCUGCUCCCUUCUGCUCGUGGCCGGAAGGAAUCAGGAUCAGGAAUUCCAUGGAGCUGCUAGAUCCAGAAUUCUUCUUCAAGACCCACACAAACAUGAGGUGCAUUGCUCAAGGGAAAGGAGCCGUGCAGCUUGGGAAGCUAUUGAUGAGUAUCUGAUGCCCUUUGUGGAAAAAGAGAAAUAUGAACUCCCUAGCAAAUGUAGACUUCGUCCCGAUAAUGACAUGUUCCGGGAGCAAGAGCAACAUAAGAUUCAUUUUGAUAUUAAUGAGUGGCGUUGUGGUUUCUGCAAGAAAGCUUUCCGAGCAGAGAAGUUCCUUGACCAACAUUUCGAAAAUCGGCACAAGAAUCUUCUGGAUAAUAGUGAAGGAAGAUGCUUGGCAGAUCUGUGUGGAGCACUUCACUGUGAUAUGAUGAUGGAGUUCAAGAAGCCAAAGAGUAAAUGCAAUGCAGCUGCAGCUUUGAGGAACCGUCAUCUUUGUGAGAGCCUUGCAGACAGUUGCUUUCCAAUUAAUCAAGGUCUUGCUGCCAGCCGUCUUCAUGAAUUUUUCUUGCGCCAAUUUUGUGAUGCUCACACUUGCAAUCGGGGCACUAAACAUUUCCCUAAAGGUGGCAGGAAACAAACAAACAGGUUCUACUUGGCUCUCUGCGUCUUGACGCUGAUACUUUUGCCCCUGUUCUAUCUCAUAGUGUUCUUGCACCAGAGGGAAAUGAAGAAAGGUGCCCAAGAUCUAAGACGGUUUUCAAAAAUUGGGCAGAAGAAAAAGCCAUCCUAGUUUCCAGCAUGCAUGCAUAUGUAAACUUCAAGAGGCAAGCACGUACAUUUUUUGUGAGCUGACGGAAGAUACUCCUUAUCAUCGCUUGAACUGAAGCUCUGUUGGUAGUUCACCCCCGGAAGGCCAGAAACGUGGGGUUUAUAUAUAUGACUGUCAGACUGUACAUACAAUCUCAGGAGGCAAACGGUGAUGAAUGUGUAUUCAAUGCUUCCCAUAUAUCAACAUGCCUGAUUUGGAGCCUCAA